UCCACUCGAGAUAUUACAGUUAUUUUCUUCCUCACGUUGCGAAGUUUUCCCAGUUUUCCAACAUGCAACUGUAUAUCUUUGCCGCUUUACUAGUUGUCGUAGCUUUAAACAUGGCUUACGCGGAUCACCCGUCAUCCGAAUGCUGUGCCGCACGGAAAUACAAGGUCCCGAUUUCAUUAGCGGUGGCGCCCCCUAAAGACCCCAAGAAGCCGUGGCAAUACGCCGUCCGUGUCGGUCAGAUCCUGUACUUGACCUCGCUUCGCGCCUUUGACUCCUUUGGCAAUCGCACCAUCAUUCCUGAGCGGGGCACCUAUAAAGAAUCCCUGUGGAUUAUGGACCUGGCAUAUCAAAUUCUCGAUCAAGCCGGCUGCCACUGGACCAAUGUGCACGAUGUGGAGAUACUGGUCACCGGCGGUUCUGAGGAGUACCCCGAGGUUGACAAAGCCAUUAACAGAUUCUGCGAACUGGUAGAAUGCGCUGGGUUUCCUUGGGCUGGCCAUUUACGCAGUACUCUACCUCUUCCUGGCGGCGCCGCUGUCGAAUUCAAGAUUCAGGCCAGCAACUGCCGCUGGAGCGACAGGGGUAACCAGUAAUCUUGCGAGUGCCGCGGACGCCUUGCCUUUCCACCAUGUGAUUCAACCCAUAUCCAACAGACAGAUUAAUAUGAAUACUCCAUCCGUGUGCAUUUUCGCCGCAUAACUCUAUUUUACACUUUGCUUAAGCAUGAUA